CCAACGGGUUCAGUGUAAUUUGUGACGAAAAUCCAAUUUUUGAAAUCUUAUUAAAGCAGAAAGUCGAAAUGUCGCAAAGAAAUGUGAGAAAACUGCUUGGGGCUGCAACAAUCCCGCCACCAAAUGAAAGUUCAGAUGAAGAAUAUGAACCCCUCUACACCAAAAAUGCAAAUAAAAGCACAUAUGAAGGACUGGUCGUAAGUUCCUCUUCAGAAUCGGAACAUGAAGCUGUGCCUUCACCUGAAGAGUCUGCGCCUGAGGAUAAAAAAGAAAACCAAAAAAGGAAGAAAAAGAAGAUAAAGAAGAAGUCAACUACAGAUGAUCUGGAUGAAAUCGAUAAAUCUUUACUUGAGGUUAAUGCAUUGUUAGGGGAGCCUUCUCAGCCUCCCGCUGUUGAUCCUGAACCAGAGCCAGAUGUUUCACAGGCAGUGUUUGCUACUAAAUACAAACACUUAAAUGUUGUAUAUGAGUUGAAUAGGAUAUUCGGUCGUGAUAGUGAUGAAGAAAACAAGAAACGACGUGGAAGGAAGCCCAAUUUAAAGCGUAUUCAGAGCAAUACUCUAAUUAAAAAGGAAUAUAAUUUCAAAAAAGGAGGUCUCUCCAUGUCAAUAGACCGACGUGAAGACGGUCUGACGUUUUUCAAAUUUGACCAUAGUCGCGAAUAUCAACGACACCACAUGGAGUUUUUGAUGAAGCUGCUACAAAUGCAUCUUAUCACAGAAGUUGAGGACGCCCUCAAACAUAUGCACGUCGAGGGUCUCUUAGAGGCCAUAGAUAUGAUGUUCAGAGUCGAUGAUAACUCGGGCGCAAAUACUCUCGUGGAACAUUUGAUUGCCUACAUGCAACAUGUUGCUCAUCCGUCAUUCAAUAUUACCGACAUAAGAAAUCGUCUGGAAUAUAAGUUCCCGGAGAACCGUCCGUUCCAUAUAAUUCUGCUCAAGUAUCUACAUCUCUUGACUAACAGAGCAUGUCAUCGCACAUCGCUUGAGAUAGCUAAGCUGCUUCUCAAUCUCGAUCCUUGCGAUCCACUUGCAGUGGUGUUCAUAAUAGACACGGUGGCAUUGCGGGCCAGGGAACAUCAAUGGCUCAUUGAAGCCAUUGAAUAUCUGGAUAAGGAGCGUGAUGUACUAUUUCUCUUUAACAUCAAGUUUUCAUACGCCUUAGCACACUUCCACGUCGCUACCAAGAAAAAGGCAAAACCGGAUCUGACGCUCUGCGACGAGCUGUUGAAGAAAGCUAUGAUAGCAUUCCCGUGGACUGUUAAAGAGAUCCUUGAGGCUUCCAAGACCUUUUCUGAAGAGAAUCUACGUAAUCAUGAAUUCUUCGACGAAUAUGCGAGCGCUACAACGUCUAAGCACCUAAAGGAGCUGACUCAUUUGCACGUUGCGUUUGCCGGUUCAUGGUGGAACGAGCAGCCGGUGCGCGAGUGGCUCCUGAGAAAUGGAACCGAAUUAGUCGAAAAAUACGACAACGAUCCCGCUCUCAAGGAAGAGGUCAAGAGGAUGGAACAAGUGCGAAACACUCUAUUCCGCGGCAUGCCGACGGAAGUGCUGCGGCACCUCAGCGUCAUAAAGUAUAUGGCAGAUCUGCUUAUCGAUAGAGAGAUUCCUAAUGUCGAGCAAACAUACAGCUUCGACCCGCACCCGGCACGGGACAGCGUCAACCGCUACAGCUACGCCACUCCGUUGAACACAGCCUAUCUGCAGCUGAAUUUGGACAGUGCUCUCAUUACAAACUUCUUCGCAUCGCUAAAUCCUAACUUCGAAGUGCCGUCUCCCGAGGAGUUGCAUGCGUUAUAUUUUUCGGGACCAACAUUGAAUCAACUAAGAAACGCUAUAAAUGUAAUUGAUGAGAUAGAUGAUGAAGAUAGUGAAGAUGAAGAGAGCGAGGAUGAAGAAAGUGACGAUGGGGAUGCUGCAGAGAGUUACGAAGAGGAUGGCGAUAUCGAAGAUAGUGAGGACGAUGACGAGGAAGCCGAGGAGAGCCAGGAAGAAGAAGAAGAAGAAGAGGAGGAGGAUGAGGAAGACGAAGACGAAGAAGAUGAAGAUGAAGACAGCGAUGGCGAUGAGUCAGCAAAUGAGAGUGAAGACGAAAAAUCAAAUAAAAAUUCAUGCAACAGGAUUGACGAACCGGAAGAAGUCUGGACGGACUAAGAUCAAAGAGACAAAACAACAAGAAAAACAUAGAGGCAUACAACAACAUUUGAAUUUCAAUUUAACUAAAGAAUAAAACAAUAUUAAUUUGUUUAGUUUCUAAACAUUUUUAACAAAGGUUUAUUGCCUUCGAAACAAAAUUUCCUUUAGUAACUUUCUGUUAUUUAUCUUCUGAGAUUAAGUCUUUAAAGGUUUAGGAAAAUAUUUUCUUCACAAAAUAUAAUUGUAUAUUUCUUUAUCGUCAGUGUUUUCCGCAGUAAACAGUACAAGUACUACAAAUUAUUUACUUAUAUAAAAUUAAGCUUCCUUUUCACAACAUACAACAUAGAAAUGUUAGAAUUGAACAAGGAAAACUAUUAUUGAUGAUAUUUAUUUUGACAUAAUAUUACUUCAGACUCCCUUUUAUUUUUAAGUUAAAUUAUUGUUAAUUUAUGAUUACCCGGCAUUUGAGAACGAGAUGGGUAAUAAUAAAUAAAUAAAGUUCUCAAUACUUAACUACACGUAAAACUUAAGUAUUCGAUGUUUUUAUGUAAUAGUUGUAAGUUGGCUUACUUUGAUAUUUAUUUAUAGAGCAGUUUUGAUUAACUUUUAUAUAAUUUAAAAGAAACAACGAUAUUAUUUUAUCUAUUUUAUGACAUAUAUUAAAACAUCUUCAUUUAAAUCGUUAUGCUACUGUGGUCUAAAAUUAACACCAGUAGUUUAUUACUUUUACUUAGCAUAUCAAAAUCUGAUGAUGAAUAGCAGCCAAACGAGAAAUUUAAAUAUUUUACGUUGCACAAUUUUUUAGUAAUAGUUACAAUAUAAUCAAAUUAAUAAUAAUAUUAUAAUAAUUGUAGCAUUAUACGACAGAUAUAUAUGUAAAGAUAUAGAUAAUGGAAAUGCGUCAGUUUGAAAACCAUUGUAUUUAUACCCUGUACAAGAUAGCUUGAUCUUUUUGACAGAUGUCAAUUUUUCUGAUCGACAUAACUUUACAAUGACGAACAUAUUAUUUUCUUAAUUUA